AUGAAGCAAUCCAUGAUCGCUUCGCUUGUGGCUCUCGCAGCCUCAUCUUCGGGAGUUCAAGCCGCUGAUGGCUUGAUUAACGUACCUGUCAAUCUCUGCGCAGCCAUCCUUGGAGUGGCCGAAUGCAACCAGAAGACCGUGACAAAUGGCUUAAUCAGCGUUCCUGUUAAUGCAUGUGCUGCGGUCCUUGGGAAGGCCCAGUGUGAACAGGCCGCUUUGUCUGCCAGGAGCGAGGGUGGUCUGAUUAGCGUGCCCGUGAAUCUCUGCGCAGCCAUCCUCGGAGAGGCCGAAUGCAAGCAGAAGACAGCUAGCAGUGGUGGCUUGAUCGACGUGCCUGUUAACGCGUGUGCUGCGGUUCUUGGAAAAGCCAAAUGCCACCAGGUCUCUUCCUCUUCCAGCAGCGGCAGCGGCGGCAGCGAAGACGGUGCUCUGAUCAACGUCCCUGUUGGACUCUGCGGAGCCAUCCUUGGGGAGGUAGAAUGCAAGCAGAAGACUGCCACUGAUGGUGGCUUGAUCAAUGUGCCCGUUAACACAUGCGUGGCUGCCCUCGGAAAGGCCAAGUGUGACCAGGCCUCUUCCUAUGACAGCGGCGACGGUUCCCUUAUCAAUGUGCCGAUCGACGUUUGCCUGGCUGUCCUUGGUGAGGCUCUGUGCAAACAGAAGUCUGACUCAAAUGGUGGUCUGGUCAACAUCCCCGUCAACGUAUGUCUCGCCGUUUUGGGUGAGGUUGAUUGCCAUGAUAGAUCUCCCCCGACUGAGAUCCCAGGCAAGCCUGAGACUCCUGUCCCCGUUGUGCCCGUCCCUGUUGUUCCCGGCGAGGUUCCAGGAAAGCCAGGCAAGCCUGAGACUCCUGAGACUCCUGUACCCGUUGUUCCUGGCGAGGUUCCAGGCAAGCCAGGCAAGCCCACCGGUCCUGGCGAGACCCCUGUUGUUCCCGGCGAAGUUCCAGGCAAGCCUACCGGCCCCGGUGUUGUUCCUGGUGAGACUCCCGGCAAGCCUGCUGGCCCUGUUGAGACUCCCGUUCCCGUUCACGCCCAUCCCCCCACCGGCGCUUUCACCCGUGUGACUCCUACCUACACUAGUAUCGUCACUGUCUGCAACGCCGCCUGCAACGCAUCCAAGACCUCUACCGGCCUUGUGGCUCACACUUCUCCUGCCUCCGGUGGUAGCGGGAGCAAGCCCAGCCCCAGUCACACCCCUAGCCCCAGCCCCAGCAUCAUUCCGUUCAACGCGGCUGGCCGUGCUACCUUGUCCGGUGUUGCCGUGGUGUUCGGAGUUCUCUGUGCUGUUGCUAUGCAGAUCUAA